CUUAACGGAGUCAGAAACAAGUAACGGAACCGGGCCGACCCGGGCCGACCCGAACCAACUUCCAGCGGGGUUUGUUUUGUACAAAAGUUCCGGCUAAGUGUGGAGAGUAUGAACCAGAAGCGGCACCCGAGUGUUUGAGGAGAAAAAAGUUCAGGGUUUCGGACCAAACUUUGUUCGUCGGUGCGUCAUGGUUUCCAGCCCCGGGUCGGCGGACCGGGGGAGGGUUCCGCUCGGUACUGGUCGGGACUGAAUGGAGACGAUGAACUUCGGAGUCCCGCCGAACUCGCUGCUGCUGCUGCGCGCCUGCGAUGAGGGAGACUACGACACGGCGCGGGGCAUCCUGGAGCCCGGGGCCCCGAAGGAGUCCGGCCGGCAGAGCCGGCUGCGGUCCGAGGCGGGCUCGGAGUGCGGCGCCGCCGCCGACAUGUUGUCUCUGGUGCCGGUGGACGGCACGGACGAGGAGGGGAACACCGCCCUGCAGUUCGCCUCGGCCGGCGGCCACGAGCAGCUGGUCCGGUUCCUGCUGCGGAAGGGGGCCUCGGUGGACAGCCGCAACAACUACGGCUGGACCCCGCUGAUGCAGGCUGCCAGGUUCGGCCACCUGACGGUCGCCCACAUCCUCCUGGAGAACGGGGCGGAGAUCAACGGCCGCAACAGGCUCGGGGCGAGCGUCCUGACCAUGGCGGCCCGGGGAGGACACACUCACGUGCUGAAGCUGCUCCUGGAGAGCAGCGCGUACGUCGACGACUACGAUCACCUGGCCGUCGCCAGCAACAACAACAACAACAGCUGCAGUGCAGCGGGGUUUGGACCUGCGGAGAGCUGCCCUGGAGGAGGAGGAGGAGGAGGAGGAGGAGGAGGAAGCAGAGAGUUCAUGGACAUCACAGCCCUGAUGGUGGCGGCUCAGUUCGGCCAUGAGGCCGCCGUGCGCCUGCUGCUGGAGUGGGGCUCAGAUGUCAAUUUCUCACAGAAGACCACCGGCUGGGGGCCGCUGAUGAUCGCCACCCUCAGCGGGAAGGUGGCUGUAGCGCAGCAGUUGGUGGAGCGCGGCGCCGAUCCGGAUCGGGUUAACGUCCUGUCCAAGACGGCCUUCGAGCUGGCCAUGCAGCUGAAGCAGAGAGACGUCAAGGCCUACCUGGACUCCAUCACCAGCGUGCGACCGCAGACCGACGACGAGAGAAGAAGACCGGAUGUGUUCAGUGCUCUGAAACUGGGGAAUUCGCAGCUGGUUAAAGAGAUUCUGGAGGAGGAUCCGGCUCAGGUGAAUUUCUCCAAUCAGGAGGGAGCGUCGCCUCUCAUGAUAGCGGCGGUGAGCGGCCAGCUGGAGGUGGUGCAGCUGAUGGUGGAGAAGAACGCCGACAUCGACAAGCAGGACGCCGUCCACGGCUGGACCGCUCUGAUGCAGGCCACGUACCACGGCAAUAAAGACAUCGUCAAGUACCUGCUGAGUCAAAAAGCUGACGUCAACCUUCGAGCGAAGAACGGAUACACGGCGUUUGAUCUGGUCAUGCUGCUCAACGACCCAGACACGGAGCUGGUGCGUCUGCUGGCGUCAGUGUGCAUGCAAGUGGACAAAGACAAGUCCAAACACCGCGGCAGACCUUUGAUGACGCGCUCCAAAAGCCGGCAGUCUCUCAACAACGUCCCCGUGCCGCCCGACGACAAGGGCAGCCUGAAGUCCUGGUGGAGCAGGAUGUCCAACCGCUUCAGGAGGCUCAAGCUGACCCACACCCUGAGGCACGGCCUCUCGUCCAAUCGCCUCGCUCCGUUCCCCGACGACGCGGAGGCGUCUCUGGACGCCACCAUGAAGGCGAACAUGAAGUCUGCCGCCGCGUCCAACGGGACGGCGCCGCCGGCCGCCGCGCCGGGCGCCACGGACGGCGGCGGCGCCUGGGCGGUGAAGACCGGCGACGCAGGUCACUGCAGAGGAUCCACGGAGAAGGAGGACUUUCUGAUCUCCACUAUGCUCCGAAGUGGCGCCCCCCUCACCAGGCUCCCCAACGACAAGCUGAAAGCCGUCAUCCCGCCCUUCCUGCCCCCGUCCAACUUCGAGCCGUGGAACUCGGACCGCUCCAGGCUCCUCCGGGAGGGGGGCAAGAGCGAGGCGCCCCGCCUGCCCAUGCCUCCACAGAGGAAGCUGAACAGCAGCGGGAACUCAGACAUUACGUCCAUCAGCCGUGUGGUCAGCAGGUCCAUGAAGUUUCCCAGCAUCCCCAAGGGGCCGUCUUCAUCCUCUCCUUCGAACUCUGGCCACUACCACUCCCCCCACUCGUCCGGAGGGUCGAAUGGAGUCGCCGGACUCAACCGGGACUCUCACAACCGCUCAGGGGGCAGCGCAGACAGCGUUCUCUCUCAAAUCGCAGCCCAGCGUAAGAGAGCGGCAGGGCUGAUGGAGGUGAAGCCUCCUGCUCCAGAGAAGCAGCAGAGCCCCGCGGCGCCGCCGGCCGGAGCCCCGCCUCCACCCGACAUCACCCUGCCUGACAUCCACUGCCCCCCCAGCCUGCUCUCCUCCGACUCCCACUCCAGGAGGAAGAUGGAGCUGAAGAAGAGGCCUCAGUCCGGGAACUCCUCCACCUCCAAGAGCACGUCUCCCACCCUCACCCCCUCUCCCUCCCCGACGCCCAAGAUCCCCCCCGGUCCGGGAGACUCCCUGUCCUCGGCCUCGUCUCACCCACGCUCCAAGAGCAGCGGCGGCUCCAGCAGCGGAACCAUCACCGACGAAGACGAGCUGUCCAGUAUUUUGAAGAAACUGUCCCUUGAGAAAUACCAGCCUAUCUUUGAGGAACAAGAGGUGGACAUGGAGGCUUUCCUCACUCUGACAGACGGAGACCUGAAGGAGCUGGGCAUCAAAACAGACGGACCCAGACAGCAGAUUUUAGCGGCCAUAUCAGAGCUCAACGCUGGAAAGGGCCGAGAGAGGCAGAUCCUUCAGGAGACCAUCCAUAACUUCCAGUCCUCCUUUGGGAGCAGUGCCAGUAACCCGCGGCAGGCCGGACAGCCUCGCUCUCCAACCAGCUGGACGAGACACCAGGUCCGCUCCUCCAGCAAGAGGUAGACCAGCCGUCUCUGGACGGAGGUGAAGCCCCGCCGAGGCGCCGCUCACACGGAGUCCUCUGGACCGCUGGAGAGUCGACUCCAGUAAAAACCAACAAGCAGGCCCCAUUAAAGCUCCUCUAUCGGACCCGACUGCACCGGGGGGGGGACAUGACGAGGCCGGCUUGGAUCAGCGUCCCGCUGCUCUUUACUCUGCUGUUAAUGCAUCAUGCGAGGACUGAAAUGCAAGGACGUGAGGAGACGAGUCCGAUCUCAGCAGAUAUGAGGGACGCAGCUGAUCGGAAGAGUGGAAAGUCUGGGAGGAAAAGAAGGGAAAUCGUGGUCAUAACAGCGAGGAGGUAUUGAGAGAGGCUGGAUGCAGUGACCAAGAAGGUGCGCCGAUGACGCAAAUAGAAAGAAGGGGAAAUUGAUCAGAUGUUUCCGUGGUCGUCCAGUCUCCUGGACGGCUUCUACUCCUGUGUUUAUGUCUCCACUUCUCCAACCGCUCUGCGCUCAGACGAUCUCCGUCAAGACUGUGCUGUCAUGAAUAAAUAAACACUACAGUGAUGCAAUAGGAGAAAUGUUUUGGACCCUUUUCUGUUUUACUGGACCUCCGAUGGGGAGAUGUCAGCAGCAGCAGCAUGUCGAGAGCGUUUUAUGAGCAGCAUAAAUCCAGCGUGAAAGAGG